AUGUCCGACGAAACUAACUUGGACCCACUCCUUGAAGGCUUCGAGCUCGACGAGGAAGUCGAUGUGUUUGAUGUUCGCAUGUUCGGGUCUGGCAGUCAGGGCAGCGGCUUCCAUACCAAAAACAACCCCAAAGACCCGUACCAACGCCACGAGGUCAUUCAACGUACAGGCUCCGUCGAUAUUCGGUGCUCUGUAGUCGAUAUCGUCCACGGUGUCAUGAGCCCGGAGAGUGACUACUGGGCAACCCUCAUGGUCCUACAAUUUCGUUUCGACCCUCAGAAACGUGCGCGUCGUAUUACUGAGGCUUCAAUUGAGCUGCUGUUCGAUACCACAGACCCGGCGAAUGAGAUCCCAGAGGUCGAGGCCAUCUCUUUUGAUGGUAACUACAGCCUUCUUCCCAGCAAACAGAGCGAGUCUACGACAAUCGGCGGACAAGGGACAAUUGGAGCUACUCAGAUUGUCACUGCCAGCGGCACCGCCAAGUGGGAAAAGACUGUGACCCGGGAGAUAUCGGACAAAACAACAGUGACUGGGGGAAAAUUUGUUGUGGAUAACAUCCCGCCAAAUCGCAUUGCCAAGUGGACGCUCCUGGAGAAUAGGACGCUCAAGUCCGGAAUUCCGGCCUCACUUCAGGUAGCUGUGCGCAUUCGAAGGCAAGAUGAAGCCAUAUUUUCGUGCAUGCCCAUGAUCAAGUGCAAGGCGGACAAGUGGACUUCUAUCGAGAGCUUCUUCGGCAAGGUCCCUGAGGAUGAUCCUAUCUUAUUAGUUCCAGAUAAGGAGCCGACUAACAGGCUCAUGAAGUACGACACGGAAGGUCUAGGGGCUCUUGACUUGCAAGCUCUAGGAACUAUCAUUCCUACGACCAUGAUACACGCUGCCGUGCAGGGGGACAAGACGGAGAAAUAG